AUGGCCGUGAAUUUCAAAGUACCCCAGUUCAGCACAGAGAAUCCAAAACUGUGGUUUGCGCAGGUUGAGGCUCAGUUCUUAACAUUCCAGGUAACAACUGAGCGCGCCAAAUUCGACCUGUUGAUUCCGCUGCUUGGAACCUGCAUCGCCGCUGAAGUGCAAGACACCGUCGUCAAUCCUCUAGCAAACACACCGUACAGCGAUUUAAAGGCCACGCUGAUCAAAUGCUUCGCGAAAUCUGAGGAUGCGCGCAUUACGCAGCUUCUUGACAGAGAGAGACUCGUUGAUCGGACUCCGUUGCAACAUUUGCGCCAUCCGCGUUCGCUAGUUCCCGGCAUUGAUAAGGCUCUAUCAUUGAAGCACCUUUCAGCGCCGCAACAUUUAACAAGCUCGCACGAGUCAGGUGACCAUAUGGUCGAGCGUAUAUCGCUCAAACCACAAGCUGCCGCUGCUACAGCAACUUCUUCAUCAUCAACCCCCGAGCACGGCGAGAUUGCUGCACUACACCGAGAAAUUGCGCAAUUGGCGUACCAAGUAAAAAAAUUGCCGAUGAACCGUGGUCGAUCGAGAUCUUGCACUCGAUCACGGUCACGUGUAUCGAAGAAGUUUGACGUCUGCUAG